GUUUACUUUUUACAAUCGCCGUCGAUACUUCUACUUCGUACGGUGUGGUUUUGGUGUCUAUGAUUUGACCUUGAAAAGUGGAGUUGUUUACGAUGCCUCUCAAAUAUUCUGCCAACUUGUCGAUGCUUUUUAAAGAGCUACCAGAUUUAGUGGCUCGAUACACAGCUGCCAAGGCUGCGGGAUUCAGCGCAGUUGAAGUCAGUUUUCCAUACGACAUUCCAGUUGAGAAACUUGUUGAGGUGAAGGAAAGAGAAGGACUUGAACAAGUCUUGGUCAAUUCUUUUCCGGGUGACCUAAAAGCAGGAGAGCUUGGUCAGGCUGCAGUACCCGGAAAAGAAAAGGAAUUUCGAGAGAAUCUUGAAAUUUCGGUGAAGUACUGUACGGCUUUAAAAUGUCCAAGAUUGCAUGUGAUGGCUGGUAGGAUUCCUGAGUGCAAAGAACAGGAGAAGACAAAGUUAUUGAUAAGAAUGGAAGAGACAUUUAUUGAGAAUCUCAAGUAUGCUGCAGAAAGGCUUAGUAAGGAUGGCAUAUUGGCUCUGAUUGAACCAAUCAACAACAUUGUGUCAAUACCUGACUACUUUCUCAAUAGACAAGACCAAGGUGUUGAAAUCAUCCAGAAAGUGAAUCAUUCGAACCUGAAGUUACAGAUGGAUUUAUUCCAUGUUCAGAUAAUGGAAGGAAACGUCAGCAACACAAUCAAGAAGUUCUUUCCAUACAUUGGUCAUAUGCAAAUGGCCCAGAUACCUCUGAGGAACGAGCCUAGUGCAGAUGGUGAACUGAACUAUGAUUACAUAGUGGCCUACAUAGAGAGUCUCGGCUAUGAAGGGUGGAUGGGAGCAGAGUAUAUACCUGUUAGUGGGAAAACAGAGGAAACCUUAAAAUGGUUGGGGAAAUAUCGUUGAUCAAAUCAUCGGAAAGUUCACAGCCUUAGCAUUCAGCUGCCUAGUCAUGAUUGACGACCCUGUUUUAUGUAUUAAUCGACUAGUUGGGAGGGACUUGGAAAGUCUUAUAGUCUGGAUAAAAACAGGGCCAAUUUAUUGGCGCUGCUUAAACUGCCAAACUCUGCAUUUAUGAUCACCAUACUCCGCUUUCUGUCCAAUUGCCAAAUUUCUGUGCCAACUGUGUAAGCGGAGAAUACCUAGUAACGUGGAGUACAUACACUGUACGUGCAAUUUGAUUGAAAAGUAUUUCAAUAUGAUUGAUCUUUUUUGCCCAUAAUCAACAGUUUUACAGACUACAUACAAAAUGAGAACAAUGUAUAAAGAAAUAUAUUUGAAACUUGGAACUAAUGUAACUAAAGUAUCUAUCAAGUUAAAACAAACAUGGGGGCAUUUCGGGCCGCAACCACAAAGUAAUGUGUAAGCCAUGACUCUGGUAUGAUUGAAUUUUGAAAGCUGUAAUGCCACAUUUUAUUCUCAAUCUUGCAAACAUUGUCAGGAUUUUAGUUUUGUUUUACAUUUGAAUGUUUACAAUACAAACUAACAUCAAUCAUCUCUAUGUACACUGCUGUGUGAAAAAAAA